GCAAAUUUGAGUAUUCCAAUGAAAAAAUAUGGCAGCUAAAAUAUUAUUAUUAGAUGAACUGUUAAAUAGUUCGAGCAGUUCUAGCGAUGAAGAAAUGAUGGCAGUAUUAAUGCGACAUGAAACACAAAUUCCGAAAGCUCGGAAUAUGAUAAAUAUUAUAAAUGAAUAUUCUGAUAAAGAGGUUUUUCUCUGCUCUCUUGUUGAUUACAAGUCGCAUAUUGCACAUGUGGGCACCACUAAAGAAGUUACUAAAUGCACUAUAUUGGGAUCAGUGCCUGUAAUCGCUCCCAGGUCAGUGCAAAUAACCGCACUCGGGCCAGUAUUAAACUAUGCGCUCCAGACAUGUGCGUCUGAUAACAAAAAGUUACUAGCCACUGAAACGGAGCGAGUGCACAUCAAUCGAAUUCGCCAUAAGGCAACAAGUGGCUGUACACGGCCCUGAAAAAAGUCGAAAAAAAUGGACGCUCAAGAUGGCUGCGAUAACGUACUACCGUUCGCGAUAAAUCUACCCCCACUACCGAUAUG